AUGAACCAAGCUCUUACAAAACGAUUUUAUUUCUGCGCAAUUCAAAACUCAUUGAUCUCUCUAAACCUAAAGGCAAAUUAUAGAGUAAGAUAUCCCUGUGACUGCAAAGAUACUGAAAGUCUUGACAAAAUGUUAAUAACAAAGUUAUUUCAAAAGCAAGAGAAAUCUGAUGAAAAAUUGAAUAAAUACAUUCUGUCAUUGAAGAGUUUGAAGAGUAUGGGUUUCAAGACUUAUCAGGUUGUUGAACAUCCCAAGUUACUGAAAUUACUUCCAGAUGAAUUAAACCGACGAUAUGCCUUGCUCAGUUCAGCAUGUGACAAGAAUUUAAUAACACUCAACAUGAUCACCAAUGCAAAAACUAAAUCAUUAACGAGUAAAUUAAAAGACGUCAUUGACAAACAAAUAAAAAUUAAAUCUAGCAAAUGUUUCACUGAAGAUCUAAGAAUAUUGCUAAACUGUGAUGAAAAUGAAAUGGCAGAACUUUUUAUCAAAAAUCCUAGAUUAGGAGGACGAAGGAAACAGUCUAACAUUAUUUCAAAAAUUGAACUUUUGCUUAAAAAUGGUGCCCAGUUAGAACACAUAAAAAAUAACACAUCCCUACUGAAUAAUGUGCCGUUCAGUGUUCUUGAAAAACGAGUUGAAAGGUUAUGUGAAAUUGGCUACAACAAACCACUCCCUGUCGCUUGCCUGGGUAGAAUAGAAUCAGUUUUUCAAGAAAUCGUUGAUAAACUACUGGUUAAUAAAGAAUCCUUAUCUGGGAAAAAGAUUAAUAACAACAUUGAGAUACUAAAUAAAAUAUCAAUGUUCUCAGGCAAAAAUUUGUAUAAGCAUACAGACAAGGUUCAAUAUUUAUUAAGUAAAGGUUACAAAGACAGUGAUAUUAUUCAUUGUCCAAACAUAUUAACUCACAGUAUGAAAAAAAUUAAAACCUCUGUAGAAUAUUUUGAAAAUUUUCAUUUGAACCUAGUUCCACUGGCCUUGUGCAACAAUUAUUCAGAUCAAAAAUCAAUGGUUCUGUUGAAGAGGCACCGGCAUAGAAGUAAAUUGUCUUCCAUUAUUGAUCCCCACGAUGACUACAACCACACUGCCACCUUGCCAGAUUUUUACAAAACUCAAUCUAUUGAUGACGUAGCCUUGAUCAAAAGUUUAGAAUAUUUACUCAGCUUAGGCUUUGAAAGGGAACACAUAAUCAAGUUACCAGUCAUCAUCUGUUACAACUGUGUGGUACUUCAACAAAUCUGGAAUGAUGAAAUCAUCAGUCAUAAAGAUACAUCGAAAAAUAAAAUGAGACUAUUGAAUUUGAUGUUAUACAAACUUGAAAAGUUGAAAAUAUUUACAAAUUCUGUGUCUCUUACUUGCAGCGAGCAAAAUGACGUUGCCAUUGGUAGUGACAAUCACAAUGAUGACGAUCUACAUUACGAUGCACUCAGUGACGGUCAAGUUGGCGAUUCAACUGAUUAUGAAGAACAUUCUUUUGAGGAUAAACAUUUUCAUGAAUCAUUUAAAUUAAAAACUGCUAACACAUUCAGAUAG